AUGGCCGUCGACGCAAUGGAUAUUGAUACAUCACCCCGGACAAUAGACGAGCGCAAACGCAAGUCUAAGAUCAAGGACGCCUCACCAACGAAAAAGCGCAAGGCCGAGAAGAGCAAGAAAGAUGAAUCCACGACGGCCUCAACCUCGAACUUCGAGUCCCCAUUCUCUCUCACUACAGCUACAUUGUACCUUCCGCUUUCGCCCAUCUCCAUCUCGGCCUCCCAUGCGCAGAAUUCACUCGUGGCAGAGCACCUCUCGCCGCUGCUCUUGACCUACUACCCACCAUUGAAAGGUAUCGUCAUGGCUUUCUCCCAGGUCUCUAUCGCCAGUCAUCCACCAUCAUCCAAGCCGCGCCACUCAGGCGACCCGAACCCAAAGCCUUUGACGCUCGCCAAAACCGCCGAUGAAUACGGCGUGCUCUACGUCUAUCUGACAGCAACCUUCCUCGUCUUCCGUCCCCGACGAGGCCAGAUCCUCGACGGCUGGGUGAAUGUUCAGUCGGAGGGAUUCCUUGGCGCCGUCGUCUUCAAUUUGUUCUCCGUGGGCAUUGAACGCAAACGCCUCCCGACAAACUGGCGCUGGGUUCCGCCGGGCGAAGACGGCGAAGUACCCGAAUCUGCUGGGAACGGAAACAUGACCACAGAUGAUGAGUCUGGCACUCAGCGCGCACCACCAGGCUUUGACGCCGCCAAGGAACAAUUCCAGCCCGCCCCACUGGCUGCCGACGAGCUGGAUAUUGACGGCGCAGACGAGGACGAGGAGGCUGCAGGUCACUUCCAGUCUGUAUCUGGGCACAAGGUGCGCGGAAAUGUGAAAUUCCGUGUUGUGGAUAUUGAUGUCAUUCCUGGCUCGGAACGGGAGCGCGGGUUCAUCAGUAUCGAGGGGACGAUGCUCACCCCGGAGGAAGAGGAGAACUUGGUGCAGGCCGAGAACAAGGGCCAGUCAUUGCCUCCUUCGUUCCUAAACACUCCCGUUACAAAAACUACUCGGGUGAUCCCCAUUUCGAAAGAGCCGAGUGCGGCGAACUUUUCAAAGGCGGAGCUCGAGCCAGAGGUGACAGCCAAGAAGGAGAAGAAAGAGAAGAAGGAGAAAAAGGAGAAAAAGGAAAAGAAAGAGACAAAGGAAAAGAAGUCCAAGUCCAAGAAGGAGAAAUAG